GAGUUUAAUUCAGCAGAAUAGGCAACAUCUUGCAUUAGAUCCUGACCGGAUCUCUAAAAACAGUGCAGUGAUUAAAUUUGCUGAAGCACUAUCUAAAGCAUGGAAUGAAUACAACAACCCCAGGGCUGUGGUUAUGUUUGUGGUUCAAACUGAAGAGCGCAACAUUAACACACAUCAACUGACAACUAUUCGAAAGACACUGGCAGAAAUUGAUGCACUAGGAAAGCUUUUACCAGAUGGUACACUUGUCGUAGAUGGUCAAGUCAAUGCAGUUGUUUACUUUAGAGCAGGAUAUGCUCCGGGUGAUUAUGACUCAGAGUCUGAAUGGAGAGCAAGGCAUCUUAUAGAGCAGUCCAGUGCGAUUAAGUGCCCUUCAAUAGCUUAUCACUUGGCAGGUACCAAGAAAGUUCAACAGGAGCUCGCAAAGCCUAAUGUACUUGAGAGGUUUCUUGACAGUGAAGACGACAUUUCCAAAUUGCGAAAAUGCUUUGCAGGCUUGUGGAGCCUUGAUGAGUUUGAUGUGAUAAAGGAUGCGAUUCAAAGGCCUGAAUUAUAUGUUAUGAAGCCUCAACGAGAAGGCGGAGGAAACAAUAUUUAUGGUGAUGAUGUAAAAGAAAGUCUUCAGAAGUUGCAGAAGGAAGGGAGUGGAAAUGAGGCAGCUUACAUCCUCAUGCAAGAAUUUUUCCUACUUUGUCUAAAGCAAUCCUAAUGCGAGAUGGUAUCCCUCACAAAGAGCAAGUGUAUCCGAACUUGGGAUAUAUGGUGCUUAUUUAAGGAAUAAAACAAAGGUAAUAAUAAAUGAGCAAUCUGGUUACCUGAUGAGAACAAAGGUCUCUUCUUCAAACGAGGGUGGGGUUGCUUCAGGCUUCGCGGUUUUAGACGGUAUAUAUUUGGUUUGAUAUAUUUUAUACCCUCUGGUAUAUGAAGUGUGGCACCUCUAUGGACUCGGGUCUAUCACUGUUUGGCUCAACAGAAUAAAUACAUUGGGUUUUGAAUCCCCUUGCACCUAUGUUCUCUUUUCACUGCUUACAUUUGGUUGGUUAGUUUCAAAA